AACGCAUGGUCUAGUUACAGCUUAACCACAAAAAUCCCAUAUCGACCGACGAGCUAGCUGCUGCUGCAAUGGCGUCUGCGCUGACGAACGUGAGCCUGUCUACCUUCGCGGCCGCGGCCCGAGGCGACGUCCUCGCGAGGCCGCAGGGCCCCGCCCGUGUCACGUUCCCGAUGGUGAGCCGCGUCGUCGCUUGCCGGGCCGGCGGGCCUGCGACACCGCCGGGCAUCUCGGACAAGGUGUCGGAGAGCAUCAAGGAUGCCCAGGAGGCGUGCUCGGACGACAGCGCCAGCGGGGAGUGCGCGGCGGCGUGGGACGAGGUGGAGGAACUCAGCGCCGCGGCCAGCCACGCCCGCGACAAGCUCAAGGAUUCCGACCCGCUCGAGAACUACUGCAAGGAGAACCCGGAGACCGACGAGUGCCGCACCUACGACAGCUGAGCGUACGUGUUAAUUAAUUUGUUCUAGACUGGAAGAUAAGAUCCAUACUUGAAGGGGUCGCUCAUCACACAAGAAAUGAUACUUGGAGGGGAGUGAAAAAGAAAGAAAUCAAGGUUUUUACUCGGUGAAUAUGCACCAUGAUUCUGUGUUUUCUCCACCUCUGUUGUUGCUAUUCAAUAUACACCUGUAUGUAAUUGAAAAUGAUUAUAUGAAUAAUCAUAUUUGUAUGA